AUGGCAUCGAUUGGGGCCGAUAGCACGGCGCAUAUGUUUGAUCAGGACGCGAUCAAGAACGGCAAUGGGUUGGCGUGCCCGUAUUUCAAGAUGUACCCCGAGAGAUAUCAGCAGCACAUCCACUGCCAUUCGGAGAAGGCCAAACCGUGGACGGUCAACCAAAUCACUCAACACCUAUGGCGCUGCCAUUCUCUGUUGAGCCGCUGCCCUUACUGUGAUAAGCGCUGGCCGGGGACUGCCCGCAAGAAUCUCGAUGAAGAGCGAGCGAGUCAUAUCGAGAACUGUUUGGAAAAGAAGCAGCUCAACGGCCAAAUGCGGCAGAGGGGCGAAGACGAAAUCGACCUCAUGACCGAGGAGCAACAGAAAGCUCUAGCAGCUGUAAAGAGAUUCCGCGGUCCCAAUGCAAUAAGACUCAAGAAGAUAUACUCCGCUAUAGGGUUUAGCACUCUUCCCAACACAUUCCAUGUAUGGGCUCUUGAGGACAGCAGCAGCGCCAGCAGCAACAGCAGCGACAGCAAGGGCUUUCUGGAGGGCUUCGGGCCACCCAUAUCAGGCUUACCAGGCGAGUCCAUGCCAGCGGCCAAGCAGCUCUCGAAAAGGACUAUGCGCGAGCAUACCAACAAUCGUAUCGCGUCUGAGCACGUUGUCCCGCGCCCUGAAGACCCAAGUAUACCUGAUUCUGGUUAUGGCUCUAUAGAAGUGCCCGAGCCCCUGUCGAAUUGCACGGAAUUUUUGGACACGUACAAUACGGACCCGGUCGCGCCGCCCAUGGUAGGAAUGGGACACAAUGGGAUGUUUAGCAUGGUAGGAGUGGGACACAAUCCAGUGGUCAGCAAUAGACCUUAUCGCAUUGGUCCAGAGCUAUCGCCCCACGACUUCGUCUGCGUGGACCCGAACCUGCACGGCUCGACCACGGAGUUCAAUGACAGCAGCUUCAUGGACGAGGACUUCGGCAAUGGGUCUUUCAGCAGCGGGAACUUCGAGGACUUUAGAAGCGCAGAGCCGGAUCAUGGUUGGUAACUUGAGAAGGCAACAUGAGUCGCUUGCGUCUUCAUUGUGACGAGGUUUACUUUGUUGACGUGCGGUAGUUUCACGUGGCAAAGUCGGGGAAGGAUUGGUGAGCCGAGACGGACGCGUUCUUUUGUACAUCCACGUGCUGCUGCUGCUGCUGCUGGCUGAAAUUUUUUCCCUCCUUCCCUUAGCUAAUUUCAUCUUGUGCCUUCUCG